AUGAAUUUUAACCUUCCAAAUCUAUCAUCAAUCCUUAUGGAUUAUUUGUUGAUCUUCCAUUUGAAAACAAUCGCCAAGUAUCUGAGAGCUGCGACUACACUCGACACAACCGCACACACUCAUCACAUUCCGUUUCAGUUUUCUGUUCUCCACCAACACGUUCAAAGUCGUCAAACAUGGAACGAACAGAAAAGUUAA